CGGCGAUCGUCUCAGCGAGCUGACUGCUCUGGUGCGCAAGUGGGAGCACCGGGGGAUGUUCAUGGACCGCAUGCCGCCAGGGAUCCAGCGCGUCAUACGCGACAACAACCUCCAGUUCCUGUGGAACCGCGCCAUCUAUGACACCGAUUACUUCACCUUUGUCCGGAGCCUUGCAUCCUGCAAUGUGUCCUUCACACUGAGCAGUUACUACGAUUCCUGUGCCGUCACCAGCCUGCAACUAGCCUUCCAGUUUCUAUUCAACAAUUACUUCCGAACCAAAAAGAAACCCAGGUCUGAUAUAGGCGAGUGGUGGGGCUGCAUUGAGCAACUGGUCAUCCAGAGCAAGGAAGGAUCAACGUGGGCGCUGACUUUCAUGGCCAGUCCGCAAGGCCAGACGUACAUCAAGCAAUUUUUACUCGAGUGUCCCACACGUGAGGUCCGCAUCGCCUUUGGCCGCAUCAUGCAGUACAUCCUGCAGAGCUUCGUCCACUUCAGUCCGGCCUUGGUGUCUAGUUCCCAACCUCUCAAUAGCCUGAUCGAGUACCUGCUCUCGCUGCUGGACAAGGAGGUGCCAGACCACUGCAAGACGUGCCAGCAGUACUUCUGGCUUCUCAGCUCCUACCUGGAUGCGGACAUUGUAUGCUGCAAACAUCUGUUCACUAAGUCUGCCGUGCGGCGGAUCGUAACGUUCCUCUUGGGCCCACACACUGCACAGAACGAGGAGGAUGUUCAGACGAGGCGAUGGACGUCCCUGCAAACCAAAGAGUUCACUUAUCUCCACACGAUGCUGGCUGUCAUGAUCCUGUACUGUGAGGUCUCCAAGUUCAGAACAAUCGAUCAAGGGGAUUAUCCACCGAGGCAGCGGACAUUGAUCAUCCCCACCAGUAAGCCGCUAGCCAUGCCCAGCGACAUGCAACAGAUCCUCUUUGCCACGGAAGGCAUCAAGUACAUCCGGGAGGUCAUACUGAUGUUCCGUGAAGUACCCAAUGCAACCACUGCACUGCUGGACAUGCUGCUGCAUUGCUGCUACUGCAACGACACGUUCACCUUGUCCGUCAUGAUGAUGAUCCACGGUCAGGUGUCUUCAGCGCCGACCAAUGAGCUGAAGCACAUCUUGAUUCUCCUCCUGGAGCUGUUGAUGAUGGAGGACCCCCUUCAGGGCAAGCGCCUCAAGCUAGCCGUGGAAGGCAACAACAACAAUGGCCUCUUGGAGAUCAUCCGUAAAUGUACGUCCACGGACAGCCGUCGGUCCUACCAGUGCAUCAAAUUCCUGGUCCAUCUGUCCAACAAAUGCUCCAUGGCCAAAGAGUAUUUGAUGACCAUCUCGGUCCGGUGGCAGUGGGCGGUCAACUGGCUCAAGAAAAAGAUGAGCGAGCACUACUGGACGCCUCAGAAUGUCUCCAACGAAUCCAGCACGGGACGGUCCUUCCAACGCACCAUGAGUGCUCAGGACACGCUGGCCGAAGCCACCGCGCUGUUGGAUGAGCUCAACACGCGUGACGACGACGGUGAACACAUUGAGAACGACGAAGAGGAGGAGGAGUACGUCGAGGGGGACUCCAACACCAAGAUGGAGGUCAACGGGUCGUCGGAGGGGUCAGAGGUCAACGGGAAUGAAGACAGCUCCGAGUCUUCCAAGACGCUGGUCCAGGACGACGUGGGCGACUUGGACGACAUUGAUACAUAACGGCAUUUUUUUUUUCUGUUUCAGAAUUUGUAGCCAAUAGAAGAUGGUUCCUUACUCCUGGGGUCAUAAGUCAGAGGUCAUCACAGGUCAGGUUGUAGGAAACCAAGGGCCAGGUUGCGUAUUUAUUUUUUUUGCUGUCACAUCGUAUUUUAACCAAUCACAUCACACACCCUAACAUGAAUAUUUAUCACGCUGUGUGGAUGGAAGACACACAAUAGGUUUUCGUAGUGUUUUCCCUGCAAUUAACUUAUGCCAACCAACAAAAAUAUUUCAUAAAAUUGGACAAGGGUUCAAACCAUCUUGCGAUCCAUGGUUCACUUCACUAUCCACUAGGUCAAUCCUGCUUCAGCUAGGCUGGGAGCUCUCAAUUGUUGAAAACAGCCACUUGACUGAAAGGACAACUUGGCACAGAAAGUCUGUUUGCAUAGGGUGUUCAAAGCAGACAAUGAAUGCUUUUAAAAUAACAAUAUGUUUUGCCCAAGCAAGUCAGAAGUUAUAAUAACUCGCAUGCUUUGUACCUUGAGAAACCGGUUUUUGCUGAGCAGAUAUUUUCCGUGCUUACCAGAUUUCUGUUGGCCACUGUUCCUGUUCCUGUUCAAUCAUUCACUCUAGUCACUGUAAGCCAUAAUUUUGUGUGUCGCACAAUUUCUUCUAUUUUAAAGAGGUUGUGGAAUGCUCGAAGACAUUUCCGUCAU